AUGACGAUGAUGAACACCUCCCGCAGUCUCGCGGCCGCGCUGUUGGUCUGCGCUCUCUUGCUCUCCUCGACCGUCGGCUCCGCCACCGCCAAAAAGGUCGCCCUCGUCUAUGACGUCGAGUACGUGGACAUCAGCGAAUCUGAGGAUCGCAGCGAGUGGGGCGAGGCCAGCAACUUGCGCGCCUUUUUGGAGUCCCUGAACUACAGCCCCUACCUCGUCACCCAGUCCGACAACGAGGGCAGCUGGACCACCGCCCUCGCCCAGGCCAGGACCCUCAUCUUCGCCGAGGGCGCCAGCACAGUCCCCGACGAUUCCGUCGAGCCCCUCCGCGCCUGGGUGCGCAGCGGCGGCGUGGCCGUGUUCUGCGAGGACACCAACAGCGUGGCCCAGCAACUCACUGAACUCGAACUGUCCAACGUGGCCGUCGCAGUGCCCAUCGAGAGAGGAGGAGGAGGAGGAUCCUGGUCCAAGUCGGCCGCUGGGGCGGCCUCGUCUCUCUUUGCCAACGGACCGGCCCAGGUGGGGGAGCUCGACUCGACCAGCACGUGGUACCUGGACAACGACCUGCCCGCCGAGCAGGCCAGCCUCAAGUGCAUGUACGGCGAGACCGCCAGCUGCGCCGUGUGGGUCUACACGCAGGGCUCGGGCAAGUUCAUCGGCGUGGGGCCGGACUUCUACGACUUUGGCUAUGACGGCGGCCAGGACGGCGGCUGGGUAUCGGUGAUGACCACCAUCGUCGGCCACGGCUCGUCGGCCUCGCAGCUCGCCAGCUGGGUCAGCUGGGUCGCCGCCCUCUAUUGA